CGCAACUCCAAAUUCUUUCUUUUCUUCAACUGAAAACGGGAAGCACACGACAGCGACGAAAAUUUUAAAAGAUGGCAGCAGAAGUUGCGCCACUUCCACAGCUGAAGCUCCCGGCAGGGCCUUCUCCAAUCACUGCAGAACAACGAUAUUGGAAGACAUUUAAGAAUCAACUUGUGCUUCCUUCUCCGACUCAAUACCCCAUCACUCACAUCACCGUCCCCGCUGCGAAUCCAGCAACAGUAGGCUCGUCCAACAAUGACUACUUCGCCGUUACUACUGGAACACGCGUCCAGAUAUAUUCCAUAAGGACGAGGAAACUAGUCAAGACAAUCACACGUUUUGGAGACAUAGCACGGAGCGGAGAUGUACGGCGUGAUGGACGCAUAGUAGUGGCCGGUGACGACACGGGCAAGAUUCAGGUGUUUGAUGUCGGAUCGCGAGCUAUUCUCAAAACGUGGACCCAGCACAAACAGCCCGUAUGGACCACCAAGUUCUCGCCAGCCGACCUCACCACUCUCAUGAGCACGAGCGACGAUAAGACUGUGCGGUUAUGGGACCUACCGAGUCAGGGAAGCACAUCUACAUUCGUAGGCCACAACGAUUAUGUGCGUAGCGGCAGCUUCAUGCCUGGAACCAUGUCCAACAUGAUAGUUUCCGGUAGUUACGACGCAACAGUCAAGCUUUGGGAUCCUCGAAAGCCGGGCACUGCCGUCAUGACGUUUAAGCACGCUGCCCCCAUCGAGGAUGUCCUCCCUCUCCCCUCUGGCACCACCGUCCUCGCCUCAUCCGAAAACCAAAUCUCUGUCCUCGACCUCGUAGCCGCCAAGCCGCAGCACAUAAUAUCUAAUCACCAGAAGACCGUGACUUCUCUUUCGCUCGCGUCCAACGGUCGACGUCUAGUAUCUGGUGGCCUGGAUGGCCACGUCAAGAUCUUCGAGACGACGGGUUGGAAUGUGGUCGCUGGUGCCAAGUACCCCUCUCCGAUCCUUUCCGUGCAGGUCAUCACUGCCGGCGCCAAUGGCGACGACCGACAUCUGGCAGUAGGCAUGCAAUCGGGCGUUCUCUCGCUGCGCACGCGGCUCACGGGGCCCGAAGCCACGAGGGAGCGCGAGCGCGAGAAGGAAAUGGACGCUCUUCUAUCCGGCACCAUCGCAGCCCACGACAAGGCCAAGAACAAGCGCAAGCGCCGCCACGGCUUGGCAAAACGGCUCGACAUGGUGGGCGAGGGCACCGAAGUGGUCAUCGCCAACGACCUGUCGAGGGCCAAGCACGAGACGCGCUGGCAGAAAGACCUGCGGCACGCCCGGUACGGCGCCGCUCUCGAUCGCGUGCUCGACCCCACAGCCAAGGACCAUAGCCCCUUAACGGUCCUCACGGUUCUCCUGGCAUUGCGCCACCGCAGCGCCCUGCGCGACGCCCUCGAGGGCCGCGACGAGAACACGGUCCAGCCCAUCCUCAAGUGGCUGCACGUGCACAUCAUGGACCCGCGCUACGUCGGCAUGUGCGUCGACGUCGCCAUGCACCUCCUCGACCUCUACGCCGAGUUCGUCGACGGUAGCACAGAGCUCCAGACCGGCUUCAAGACGCUGCACCGUCGCGUCCGCAUCGAGGUCGAGAGGGCUCAGACCGCUAUGCAAACGGGUGGGAUGUUGGGGAGCUUGCUUGUUGGUACGGAUUAAGCUUAGGGUUAAGGGAAAAUACGUACGAUUACUCCUUCUGCCCCUAAACACGGGAGGCGAAUGGCAAGAAUGGCAAAUGUAAAUGUGGAGAUACGGAUAGGGAAGGAAGGAAACAGUCAACUAAUUCGUUGAACUUCGUUUCUUUUUUUUUAUAUGCUUGUUGCAUGGCGAUGGCGUUUCCGGUUUCCGGUCCAAAAGGGGAAAAAAGGAGGUUAUCUACCUAGGUACAUAAAGAGAUCAGAAAAAGUAAACCUUGAGGGGCAUAGUCUUAGCCCCUUUUCUCUUUCUUUUCUUCUCUUAAGCACCAACCUACAGUAUGUAGGCACCUAGGUAGUGUAAAAGUUCAUCGAUUCGAUUUAGGAUACAGUGGAAUGGAAAUCUAUCUAAUUUAUCUACCUAUCAACUCUAUUUAUUACCUAUCUAGGUGUGUACUAGAUGUACAGUAGGUUUAAGUGUAUGUAGGUGUACAUAGAUAGGUAAACUAGGUAGAGCAAGAUAAAGCCAAACAGGACAGAACAACAG